AUGGACGACAUCACGAGUAUUCCUGAUUCACGCUAUGGCGGCUCUGGCGAAGGGUCCAACUACAACUCCAACUUUGACGCUGGUAGUCACGACCAGCCAAAGAUCGAUAACACGAUGAAUCCUCAACCCGAUCCUCAUGACGUCGACCCGCCCUUCGAUUUGCACGACGACGAACAUGUUCAGGGCAACAACUUUGCUUUUACCCCGUCUCAGCUACAUCGACUCCUGACCGCCAAGAAUAUCUCCGCCCUGCGCGCGUUUGGAGGCUUGUUGGGUUUAGCCGCUGGACUUCGAACCGAUAUCUCAGCAGGACUAAGCGCCGACGAAACAACAUUGGACGGUACUGUUACUCUGGACGAAGCUGUAGCCUCUGGUAGUCUUGAACGACCACCGGUUCUAUCGGCAGCAUCCCCUCCGCCGUCGCCGCCGCUGUUACACAAUGGGUUGUUCGAACAUCGCGACAACCACUUUGUCGAUCGAAAACGAGUAUUUGGGGAUAACCGCCUUCCGCAAAUAGCACAAAAAUCUUUCUUCAGACUAUUAUGGAUAGCAUUCAAUGAUAAACUUAUCAUUUUGUUAACUAUUUCUGCUUCCAUCUCACUCGCCAUUGGUAUCUACCAAUCCGUCGACAAGUCAAUAGGCGCAUCGCGUGUUGAGUGGGUAGAUGGUGUGACAAUUGUGGUUGCGAUCCUCGUCAUCAUCAUCGCAAGCGCCGCGACCGAUUGGCAGAAGAAUUACAAGUUCAAGAAGGUCAAUGAACGAAAGCAACAAAGGGAUGUAACGGUGAUGCGCUCGGGUAAACUCCAGCGCAUCCCCGUUCAAGAUGUUGUCGUUGGUGAUCUUUUACACCUUGAGGCUGGUGACAUUGUUGCCGUGGAUGGUGUUCUUGUGCAAGCUUCGAGUCUGCAAAUGAACGAGUCUUCCAUCUCUGGAGAGGCUGAUCUUGUGCACAAGACCGUACCAAGGCCAAACCAUGCAGCUACAUCGCGAAUUGACCCCUUCAUUCUCAGUGGAACCACUGUCGCGCGCGGUGUUGGUUCCUAUCUCGUUACUGCUGUUGGUGUCAACUCGACCUAUGGCCGUAUCCUCAUGUCGUUGAGAGACGACGUCAAGGAGACACCACUCCAGGCGAAGCUUGGUCGCCUUGGCAAGCAACUCAUUGUUAUUGGUGCCGUUGCAGGUUCCGUCUUUUUUCUUGUCCUCUUUAUUCGCUUCAUGGUCACUCUUCACACCGUUACUGGAGGGCCAUCUCAGAAGGCAGAGGACUUUUUACAUAUUCUGAUUCUGGCCGUCACGGUCGUUGUCAUCACUGUCCCAGAAGGCCUGGCGCUCAAUGUGACCGUUGCACUGGCCUUUGCCACGAAGCGUAUGCUCCGGGAUAACAACUUGGUGCGGUUGAUCCGAUCGUGUGAGAUUAUGGGAAACGCGACGACAGUUUGCUCCGACAAAACUGGCACCCUCACACAGAACAAGAUGACUGUCGUGGCUGGACGUGUUGGAUUGGAGUCUUACUUUGAUGAUACCGACCUGGUUGUUCCGGAUCCCGAUUCGUCCAUGUCGCGUGCGUCGACUAUCAAGUACGACAGUUCGAUCGACAUGGCAAAGUCACUCUCUCCAGAAUGUCGCCGGUUGAUCAAGGACAGUAUCGCUCUCAACUCCACGGCCUUUGAGAAUGAUGACUCUGGUACCGCUACUUUUAUGGGUUCAAGCACUGAGACUGCUUUGCUACACUUUGGCCGUCAACAUCUUGGUAUGAACAAUUUGGCCGAGGAGAGGGCCAACUGCCCCAUUGUUGCGAUCCUUCCGUUCGACUCUUCCCGAAAAUGGAUGGCAGUUUUGGUCAAAAUCAAUGAGGAUCGCUAUCGACUUCUCGUCAAGGGAGCAGCGGAAGUUGUGUUUGAAUAUUGCGCUUUUGUUGUUUUGGACCCUACAUUCAGAGUACCGAUUGCACGACUCUCAGAGAAUGACCGUGCAAGCUAUCGCAACACUAUCGAGGACUACGCUAACAGGAUGCUUCGACCUGUCGCCAUUGCAUACCGAGACUUUAGCGCGCAGGAUAUCUUUGACGGCCCAGAUGACGACCCCGAUAACAUUAACCUAGAAUGGUUGGCCUCUGGCAUGAUCUUCAUCGGCGCCUUUGGCAUCCGUGACCCAUUGCGCCCCGAAGUUGUGGAAUCAGUCCGUCAAUGUCAGGCUGCUGGAGUGUUUGUUCGCAUGGUUACAGGUGACAACUUCUUGACCGCCAAGGCUAUUGCAACAGAAUGUGGUAUCUACACAGCUGGUGGCAUUGCCAUGGAUGGACCAACAUUCAGAGACUUGACUCCUGAGCAGCUUGAUGCUGUUAUCCCGCGACUACAGGUCUUGGCUCGUUCAAGCCCUGAGGAUAAGCUGCUUCUUGUAACACAUCUGAAGCGCAUGAAUGAGACGGUAGCUGUGACUGGUGAUGGUACGAAUGACGGUCUGGCAUUGAAGGCGGCGGAUGUCGGGUUUGCUAUGGGUAUCCAGGGUACUGAAGUUGCCAAGGAGGCUGCAUCUAUCAUUCUUCUCGACGACAACUUUGCUUCUAUCGUCAAGGCUUUGGCAUGGGGUCGAACCGUGAAUGACUCCGUCAAGAAGUUUUGCCAGUUCCAAUUCACCAUCAACAUUACCGCAGGUAUCAUCACCGUCGUUUCCGAGCUCGUUGGCGACUCUGUUUUCACCGUCGUUCAAUUGCUUUGGAUCAACUUGAUCAUGGAUAUCUUUGCCUCUCUUGGUUAUGCUACAGAUCACCCCUCGCCCGACUUCCUCAAACGAAAGCCCGAACCCCGGAAUGCUUCGAUUAUUUCCAUCACUAUGUGGAAGAUGAUCAUUUGCCAAGCUAUUUACCAGUUGAUAGUCGUCUUUGUUGUUCACUACGCUGGAUGGGACCUCUUCAACCCCGACACUGAAUUUGAGAUUGAGAAGCUCCAGACAUUGGUGCUCAACAUCUACGUCUGGAUGCAGUUCUUUAACCAACACAACUGCCGUCGCGUGGACAACAAGCUGGAUAUCUGGUAUCAAGGAUUUCUGCGUAACCCUUGGUUCAUCGGUGUGCAGCUCAUCACUAUCGCUGGCCAGUUCGUCAUCGUCUUCAAGGGAGGCGAAGCAUUCGACACAACCCCUAUUACAGGUGCCCAAUGGGGAUGGAGCUUGCUCUUCGGCGUCAUGUCAAUUCCGCUGGGAGCUUUGAUUCGACAAAUUCCUGAUAGCCUCGUCCAAAGUCUCUUCAACUUAAUCGCGGACAGUUGGCUUGCAAUUUGGCGACCGACUCGCGCACUCCUGUCAAAGGCCUUCAGCUGCUUCAAGCGUAAGAAGGCCGAUGACAAGGAAGCCCAACAACCUGAGCAAGAGAUGGGCCCUGUUGAGAACAUCCUUCAUAUGAUGCACUUGACCCACGAGCCCGAUGAGGACGAGACGCCCAUGACGCAAGAACAGCGUGAAGCAAUGGAGCGAUCAGACCAAACACGAAUGAUGAAAGAGAAGGAAAAGAAAAAGCGAGAUAUCGACUUGAACGGCCUCGUAGAAGCGGCCAAGCUAGGAAAAGAGCACAAAGGUGCCAUUUUGGAGAUUCACCCCAAGACACUCAAAGACGACCCAAUUCUAAGGACCAGUAGUGGUAAAAACAGUACGCUGCCACCAAGUCAAGACGCCGAAUUUAUGAAAUUCGUCGCCAUCAACACACGACGGCCUCGACAGCCGAGACGGACAAAUCCUCGAGCUCCGGCACGGCCGGCUCAACGACGACAGCAAGAGCAGAAGAGUUCCUGGAGACAUCAUGUUUCCUGGGAGGGACUACUCAGAUCUAAGAGACGAUAA